AUUUUAUAUUAUUUCCAGGUUUUCAAAUUCAAAGAUCCAAGAGAUUUUCCAAACGGAAAAAAGGAAAAGGAAAAGGAAAAAAAUACCGAAAAAUUAUAGAAUCGGUAUAUAUAGUUAUAUACGUCUUAGAUUUAUCGCAUUGAUUCUUAAAAAAACGUGGUUCUCUGGGUUUUUCUUUUCUUCUAUUUGUUAUAUAAUUUUUAGCAACUUUUUUUUUCUCCAUUCCCUUCAAUUUCACCGACUUUGAUCGCCAAUAUUCGCUCGAAAUCAUACCCUUUCUGUGACUGGCGUGAAAGAUUCACGAAUUUCGUCUGUGUUUGAUUGGAGGAAUUGAGGACAAAAAAGUUGAAGGCGGGUUGACGCAUUUUUCUGUGCUACCGAUGCCAGAAAACCGGCAGGUCCAGAAGAAUGCUACGCAUAAUCAUUCCGAUAAUACCAUUGAAGAAGCAUUUUGGAGGUUGAAAAUCAAUGGUAAUCUGGAGGGUGGUGGUGCAGUCCAAUCUGGUCCAUAUCCAGAUCGACCUGGUGAACCUGACUGCCUGUAUUAUUUGAGAACUGGAUUGUGUGGUUAUGGAAGUAAUUGUCGAUAUCAUCACCCUGCUUAUGUUUCACAGGGUGCUCCGUACAGUGUUGAACUCCCUGAAAGAGUUGGGCAGCCUGACUGUGGGUAUUUUCUGAAGACAGGGACCUGCAAAUAUGGAUCAACAUGUAAAUAUCAUCAUCCAAGGGACAGGCGUGGUGCUGGACCAGUCUCAUUCAACAUUUUAGGUCUCCCAAUGCGUCAGGAAGAAAAACCAUGUCCUUAUUACAUGCGAACUGUGUCGUGCAAGUUUGGAGGUGCUUGCAAGUUCCAUCAUCCACAGCCUGCAUCACUUGGAACUCUUUUACCAGUAGCUGGACAUGGUGCUUUUGGAUCCAUGGGCUCAACGGUUGUGCCUUCACCAGGUCAACCUUAUGCUGGUGGACUUCCUGCAUGGUCUUUUCCGAGAGUUUCAUAUAUAUCUAGCCCGCGUUUACCAGGUCCAGAAUCUUACAUGCCUGUUGUUCUUCCUCCUCCAGGCAUUGUAUCUGCACAGGGCUGGAACACAUACAUGGGAAACAUGAGCCCUCUGUCUCCUAACAGUUCCACCACUCUUCUUAGCUCCAAUUUUAUAUACAACCCCAAGAAUCUAGGUGAGUUGGGUUCCAGAGGGAUGUUACCAGCAACUACUCCGAGUCUCCCUGAGAGACCCGACCAACCAGAGUGCCGGUAUUUUAUGAACACUGGAACCUGCAAAUAUGGAUCUGAUUGCAAGUACCAUCACCCAAAAGAAAGGAUUGCGCAAUCAGUGCCAAUCCUGCCCAGCCUUCCCUUGAGACCAGGGCAAGCUAUCUGUUCUUACUACAGUAUGUAUGGAGUCUGCAAGUAUGGCCCAACUUGCAAAUAUGAUCACCCUGUUGUUGCGUAUCCUCAUAACUACAGUCUGGGCCUCCCUAAUGUACCUAUGCUUGAUUCAUCUCUUAUUAGCUAUCCGAGAAGCAUGUCAACAGCCCACUCAUCUGAGUCUUCCCCUUCUAAAUCAUCAAGAUUUCCUGAUUGGGUCCAGAAACAUGAUGCUGCAAGCAACAAGCAUGAGAAGUCUGAUACAAAGACUUCAGAGGAUUCAGCCGAAGAGGCCGGUUCAUCUCCGCACUCGGUUCCAAGUUCAGCAGAACCUUUACCCGAUCAAUCGGGUUAAAGUUGCCCCCACUUUGGCUCUUUUGUCACAACUCUUUUUUAUGCUUCUACGAAGGAUAUAUUUAUUACCUAUACCUCCUGGCCCCCCAUUUUUCACCUGCGGUUCGGUGAGAUAGGUUGAAUUUGGAGAUCAACAUGAUGACUAAGAACCACGGGGGGGGGGGGCGUGGAAGGCAAUUUUUGGUGUUGAAUAAAAUGCAGGUGAAAGUUUGUAAGAAUCCACCCAAAAAAAAGAUGAUUUUUUUUUUCUUUUUU